AUGAGGCUGAUAGAAGGCGGCAGGCUGAGAGCAGGCAUCAGCCUGACACAUUCCUGUUGGAGUGGCGCUGGGCUUUGGCUCCUGAGAGCCACCUCCUGGGCUGGAUUUCACCAUCCCCUCCAGUGGCACUGGCUUGACCUGGUGGCACUACUGCUCCUGCGUUCGCAGGAAGUGGCAGCAACCUGUGGAGAGCAGAUCCACCGGGAGGUGCAGGAUUACUAUGGCAAAGAGCUGCAGAAGACAGAGGACCUGAAAACCAACGCAUGCAUCACCCAGAGCAAGCCCGUUCCCAAGGCGGUAAGAGAUGCUUUGGAGCGUGUCCACGAGGAGGUGGCAGCCAAGUACUACGGCUGUGGUCUGGUGGUCCCCGAGUGCCUGGCAUCCUGUCGGAUCCUGGACCUGGGCAGCGGCAGCGGCAGAGACUGCUACCUGCUGAGUCAGCUGGUUGGGGAGCAGGGCCAUGUCACCGGCAUAGACAUGACUGAGGGCCAGGUUGAGGUGGCGAAGAAGCACAUUGCCUACCACAUGGAGAAGUUUGGCUAUCAGAAGCCAAAUGUGGAGUUCCUCCAGGGCUACAUGGAGAAGCUGGGUGAUGCCGGGCUGGCUGACAACAGCUAUGAUAUUGUCAUCUCCAACUGCGUGAUCAACCUCUCCCCUGACAAGAGGGCUGUGCUGCAGGAGGCCUACCGCGUGCUGAAGCCUGGAGGAGAGAUGUACUUCAGUGAUGUCUAUGCCAGCCAGUGCCUGAGUGAGACCGUCCGGAAGCACAGGGUGCUGUGGGGAGAGUGCCUGGCGGGAGCCCUGUACUGGAAAGACCUGUACAGCAUUGCCGAGGAGGUGGGGUUCAGCCCCCCAUGCCUUGUCACUGCCAGCCCCAUUACCAUUGGUGACAAGGAGUUGGAGAGCAUUGUUGGUGACUGCCGCUUCGUCUCCGCAACUUUCCGCCUAUUCAAGGUGCCGGUUAGCAGCCGGGCUGGGCCGGGCCAGGUCACUUACAAUGGUGGGAUCGUGGGGCACGAGCGAGAGCUGGUGUUUGAUGCCAACUUCACCUUCAAGGAAGGAGAGGUGGUGGACGUGGAUGCUGAGGUGGCUGCGAUCUUGAGGAGCUCCAGGUUUGCGGAGAAGUUCCGGAUCCAACCUGGUGCUGCACCACAGGGCUGCAGUUGCAAGGGGGUCAAGGAGAAGAUCUGUGAUCCCUUUCAGCUGCUGGAGCAGCUGUUGACCCCACGUCCUGCCUGCUGUCCUGGUGGCUCCUGUGGUCCUUCCUGCUGAGUGCUGAGUGAUGCCCCUGCACCAGAGGGUGCCAAUAGGGCAGGAGGAUGCGGCCCCAAAGGUGUGAGGCUUCCACCGGAGAACAAAUAAAUGGCCAAGCUUGAAA